AUGGAGCUGAAACAGGAGCCGGAACGUCCGGAUGUCAUUCAACGCCUUUCCACAGCUGCACCAUCCUCUUGGCCCUACGCGUUUGCGCAGGAUGAUAUGGCGCUCAGUUCGUCGCAUUUGCCCGAUGAUGCGGAUCCGGCGAGUUCCGAAGAUCUGGAAGCGUUUGCGAAAACAUUCAAGCAGCGUCGCAUCAAGCUCGGCUACACACAGGCGGACGUGGGCCUGGCUCUGGGCACUCUGUACGGCAACGUAUUUAGUCAAACGACCAUCUGCCGCUUCGAGGCGCUGCAGCUGAGCUACAAGAACAUGUGCAAGUUGAAGCCGCUGCUGCACAAAUGGCUGGAGGAGGCCGAUUCUACUAGCUCGUCGCCGAAUAGCGCCUUCGAGAAAAUGACUGGACAAGGUGGUCGGAAGCGCAAAAAGCGCACAUCGAUCGAGGUGCAGGUGAAGAAUCGUCUGGAGUAUCACUUCCAGAAGAAUCCGAAGCCAAACGCCCAGGAAAUUGCUCAGGUUGCGGUGGAGCUGCAGCUCGAGAAGGAAGUCGUACGGGUAUGGUUCUGCAAUCGCAGGCAAAAGGAGAAGCGAAUGACACCUCAGUACGGUCAGGAAAUCCUAUUGAAUCCGAACAGCUAUCCGCCCGAUGCGUUCGUUUACACCUAG